AGUUACCGGAAGAUCGCACGGCAGGUCAGCACACCUGAUAGCGCACCAGCUGGUCUCGGUAGUCCGCAGGGUGGUAUUGGUGGUUUGCAGCAACAACAUCAACAACAAACGCAACAACCUUUGCACCAGGCAGAUCCCAUGCAGCAAACCAAGGACAAUCUCAAUCCCGCGGCGAACCAACAAACGGGCGCCCUUAGAAACGGCAACCCGCCACCACCUGUCGUCUCUAUGUCACCCGGAGUUGUGCCAUUUUACGGGGAUGGCGGCUCCGGUUUCCGUCCCGCGGCUGGAUUUGGAAAUACAGUUUGGCAUCAAGGACCGGUAGGCGCUGUGGCAGUCGAAACGACACCACCAACGUGGCCGCCUCAGCAAUUCAUUCAGCAGAUACCCGCGCCGAACCAGCUCGAUGAGUUGAGGUAUCACACUCAGUACAGCACCGCGGCGCCCUAUCAUCCUCAACCAGUUCCGUACCAACAACAGACGUUUAUAACGACGGAUCAGUCUGCAUUUCAACGGGCCGGAACGACAGGACAGUAUACCAUUACGGGACAACCUUCGCCACUGACUCCUGUCGGAGGACAAGCAGUGGUUCCGACGCCUACGAGGCAGUUGAAUGGACAAUUUGUAGACCCUUCGGCCACCGCUAACCAAUCAGUCUCUUACGAGCGACAAGACUAUGUGAAUGGCUAUCAACAACAAGACGUGACAAUGGCACCACCUCCAUCGACAACUCCGACGAGUCGCAGCAGCUCGGUGCACAUGGAUAGCCAGCAACAACAACAAGGAGGUCCGCAGCAGCCGCAACAACAGCAACAGCAGCAGCAGCAAACCACCGCGGACACGCAAGUAAAAGGAUUCGCGACGAUUGCUGCCACCAACGUGUCGGGAAACGAGAUGCCUGGGUAUCCACUUCAACCGGACCCACAGAGUUUACACAACUCUAACGGAUAUCCAGGCUACGUGGAAAUGGGUCAGCAAUCAGCGCAGAACCAAUGGCAAAUGGUUUCACAGCAACAACAGCAACAUCACCAGCAAACGCAAAUGCAACAGCAACAAUCGCUGGUUGAUAAUAGUUUACGACAUGUUUGGUCAAAUACAAGCGGAAAAAUGAGCAGCAGUGUUGGCAGCAAUAUGCAUUGGCAAGAAGGAGCGAUGCAACAGCCACAGAAGCUUCCACCGCAGCAGCAACAGCAAAAUAUGCAAGGUAACAUGAAGUCACAGGUGGAACAACAAACUACUCAAAUGCAGCCACAGGAACUGCCAAGACCAGCGAGUCACAUGAGCUGGGAGUCCGGAAGCGUGAAGGAACCGCAAACACCACAGUCGUGGUCCGAAUCCGACAACCAGCAACAACAAACUCAGGGAAACUGGUCGCAACAGAGUCCGAAACUCAGGGACCCGCAAAACUCGCGGUUGACGCCAUCCAAUCAACAACCGUCUCAACAUCAGACCUGGUUACAACAUUCUCCGAAGCUGUCAGACCAACACAGUAAUGCUCAACAAACUGCGAGGAUGACACCUUCUGGCCAGCGCAACUGGCAACAGAAUAGUCCGGAGAUGCAAGGAUCUCAGCAGAAUCCGAGAUUGACGCCUUCUGGACAGCAGAUGCAACAACAGCAGAUGCAACAACAGCAGAUGCAACAACAGCAGCAACAACAACAGCAGCAGCAGCAACAACAACAGCAGCAGCAACAACAACAACAACAACAAUGGCCACAGCAAACCAAGAUGGAGCAGAAUCCCAGACUUACGCCGUCCAAUCAAAUAUCGUGGCCCGACACGCCGACUAGUCAACCGAAUUGGUCACCAAAUAGCAUAAAAAGUGAUAAUAGUCAACAGCCGCAGCAACAAUGGCAGGAUUCGCAGCCCAGUCCUAGACGGACUCCAAGCCAUCAGUGGCAAAAUCAGCUGCAACAGGAAAAUAAAUUGGACAAUCAAAUGUCUUGGUCGCCUGUAAAUUCUGCAUCAGAAACUCAACCGACUUGGGGUCAACAGGCGACAAAGCAGGACAUGCAAAACUCAGGAGAGAGAAUUCCGUGGCAACAACAAGCAACAGUAGAUACUAGCAAACCGAACGGAUUCCCGGAGAAUCAAGAUAAUUCGGAAAGUAAUGUCUAUGCUCAAUCUAAUCGAGUGAAUCUCAAUAGCCGACUGAAAUCGAUGAUUUUGAACAAACAACAGCAGCAACAGCAACAGCAGCAGCAACAACAGCAGCAACAACAUCAGCAGCAAACUCAUCAACAUCAUCAGAUGCAAUCGCAACACGUUAACACAAAUAAUGGAUCCACUUCAGAAUAUUCAACGGACGAUCAAGUACGCGAUGCGCACGAAAAUAACGAAAAGAUGCAAGAGAAACGUACAGAUCAUUUUAUCAACCAGACAAACAUUAUUUCAAUGUCGCAACCUAAUGAAAAUUUGACCGGUAAUUUUUUAUCGCAUAGCCACCACCCUCGGGUAGAUAAUUUACCCGACGGUGGUGGCUUAUGGGAAUGGACGGAAGGAGAACAUAAUCACAAUGACAUCAGUAAUAAAGAUGACAAUUCCACGUUGCCGGAAAAUGGAAUGACAGCUUUUGACAAUUUUAUGAAGCUUACCGCUGAAAAUAAGAGUCAAUCAUGCGACAAAGACAAGCUUCAACAUUCCUGGGGGGUAGAAGGGAGAAGCAAUGAAGAUCAAGACAUCGAUGACAAGUCUUUCCAACAAAGAUUGUGUAUGGAUCAAAUUAAUGACACGUCUUUUGAAAGGUCCCAGAAAAUUCCGGAAAAUGAGGGAAUGAAAAAUGAUAAUCUGGAUUUUCUGAAGACAAAUGUUGCCAAUCAUACAUCUUCUCCAGAUAAAUGCAAUCCUGAUCGUGUGAUUAAACAGGAGAACACCGAAGAUCAGGCCAACGUAUCUCAUGAAGCGUCCAACAUCGUCAAGAGCGAAGAGAGUCAAGAGAUUACUCAAGAUUAUAAAUUUCGCGGCGACGGUGGUCCCGCUAAAGUUUCACCGGGAAUUGGUUCGUGGUGCUGUCGAAGAGGCGGGACAGAGCAGCCGACUGCCGAACAUCUAAGAGACGGCUGUUGUCAAGGUCUCCAAACCAAGGAUGAAAUAUUGGCCGAUUCCUCAGAUAAAACUGAGUUAAAGAACGAAGGACCGCAUAGUCCACAUACUCCAACCACGACUGUGACGACAAAGGUACAAGACCACUUGGACAAACUGAAGAACAAUGUCAGGACCGAAGUACCGGACUGCAACUGUUUCCCCGCCGACAAAUGUCCACCAGAGCCCGGUUCGUACUACACUCAUCUCGGGGCAGCUGCGAGCCUUCCUGAUCUUCGGAACGAUCUCGAACGAAGAACUGGCCUUAAGGGCGACGCAAUAAGAUUUGAAAAAGUCGUCUAUACCGGCAAGGAGGGCAAAACUACGCAAGGGUGUCCAAUGGCCAAGUGGAUCAUUCGACGAUCCGGCAUCGAUGAGAAAAUCUUAACUGUGGUGAAACAUCGUCAAGGUCACAAAUGUCCAACCGCCUGGAUCGUCGUAGCUAUGGUUGCCUGGGAAGGAGUACCGACUCACGAAGCGGAUCGCAUUUACACUCUCUUAAGUCAUAAGCUCAAUCGAUUUGGUCUUCCAACUACCAGACGAUGCGGUACCAAUGAACCGCGAACUUGUGCGUGUCAAGGACUCGAUCCCGAUACCUGUGGCGCCAGCUUUUCCUUUGGCUGCUCCUGGUCAAUGUACUAUAAUGGUUGCAAAUAUGCCAGAAGUAAAACCGUCCGAAAAUUUCGACUGUCUGUACGAUCGGAGGAACAAGAAGUUGAAGAGAGAAUGCAUGUUCUAGCGACGCUUUUGUCACCUUUGUAUCUUAGUCUUGCGCCAGAGGCUUUCAAUAAUCAAACUCAAUUUGAACGGGACGCGAGCGAAUGUCGUUUAGGAUUUAAACCAGGUCGACCCUUUUCCGGUGUUACAGCUUGCAUUGAUUUUUGUGCACACGCCCAUCGGGAUCUACACAACAUGAAUAACGGAUGUACCGUGGUAGUUUCUCUGACAAAACAUCGAACAUUAUCGAAAGCCGAAGAUGAACAAUUACAUGUGCUACCUCUUUACAUAAUGGACGACACAGACGAAUUCGGUUCAAAGGAAGGGCAAGAAAAGAAGAUUCGCUCUGGUGCUCUUGAAUUUUUAACUAAAUAUCCCUGCGAGGUUCGAGUUAGAUCAGUGCCUCUUCAGCCGUGUAGACGUCACGGUAAGAAAAGAAAAGAAGAUGAACCGGAUAUUCAGAUCAGCAAAAAGGAUGCAGUCAAAAUGGAAAAAAUGAUCGAUUCCGGGCGUUCGCCGGGACACGCAGACUCUUCUAAGCUUCAAUCGCAAUUAACACUGGAGAUGACGCCCAUGUUCGAAGGAAUUGACGCGCAGCUGCAAAGCUCUCAGGUAUCAUCUACGGUUUUAGACAGUCCGGUAUCUAUGUAUCAAGGAUGGGGAACAUACCAAGGUGAGCAACAGUGGAACCGAAACGGCUGGCUUGAACAGCGUAAAAGUAAUUGGUUGAAUCCAUGGGGAGAAUAUCCUUCAUUUGGUGAGAAAGACAAAGUGGACCCAGACAGUACCAGUUUGGAUGAUAUUAGACCUAGAAGUACCGUCUCUCAAGAGGAGCACAGACCAGGCUCGAGGAACCUACCUAAUUCUCCAAUGGAUUCGGCUAGAGGAUGUUACGGGAGUUCACCUAGAACUCAUUCCGUUUCGCCUCGUUCGCACGUAAGCAUAUCGGGAGAGAUAUCUUAUAGCCCAUCACCCAGAAGUUGUACCGCGACGCCUCAGGACCCAAAAAUGAUUCCGUUAAAAGGAUUAGAACAUUCAAGCAUGGAAAAUAAUUAUGAUCAUCAAAUGGCUUUUGGAAUUUACGCCGCUUCUGUCAACGGACAAAAUGAUUGUCCUUCGUCAAAAAUUGGCUCUUUCAAUCCAUCGCUUGGCAUGGAUACCACGCAUCGAAACAUUCCAUCCAAGAUAAAUCAGUCGCCAGUGAGGCCACAAGUUGAACAAACGUUUUCAAAUAGAGUGCAGCAUCUCUCUCCAUCGAAACAGAUGCAAUCAUCCAUAAAUUCUGGCUAUCAUAAUCAAUAUUACGACGGUAAUACGUCGAAUUUAUUCUCUUACACAGACAAUAGUAAUUAUAAAUCUAUGGAGACUCCGAACUCGAAUGUUUUGGGGCAUAAUUCGUUACAUUUGCCAGAACAGCGAAAUGACGCACAAUGCGCGAAUGAUCAGCGAAAAUCCAUUUAUUACGCGCAAAGACAAUCGGAAUCAAAGUCCUUCAAUCAUCCUUCAUCCCCAUCUUCCGAUCAAGUUUCUUGCCCACAGAAUUGGAAUACAGCGAAUUCAUGGUGUAAUCAAGUUAAAAAUUCACAACAAUUCGACCAGACAAGUGAUAAGAGAAUCUGGGUCUGCAAACAAACAAAGUCGGACCAUACCAAAACUGCUACUUGGGAAACAUCAUCUGAACCAUCACCAUUCCGAGUGCCAAAAGGAAGACCACCUUCGCGAACGAUAUCUAAUCAGAAUCCAUCUGCGGAGCCCAAUGCAUAUCCAAAUCCUUUGGCUAGAACAUUUUUAAAACCGCCGGAAUCAAAGCCUGUUUUCGCUCCGAAUAGUAACAUGAUUCAAAAUGGAUGUGUAUCGAAUCAAUUGAGGGAUAAUUGCAUGGACGAUAAAUUGCGAGAAGGAUUUUAUGAUAAUAAGCAAGAAGUGUCUAAUUCUAAUCCAAAUUCUCUCGCAUGGUCCGAAGAGAUAAAACAAGAUUUUCACACUGUGCCCGGUUUAAGUCACCACACGUUUCCUCAAUAUGGAUAUCCCACCUAUCCAGUGUUCGAAAAACCUUAUGCGAAUUCAUGGGAAGGUUACAACUAUAAUCAUCAUCAAUCAUAUCAGACCCCGGAGCAAUUCUAUCAGCAACCAAAACGCGAAGGUUGCUUCUCGUCGCAAUAUCCGUAUCAGGGCCUGAAUCCACCGUAUCAAGGUUUGAAUUCCGGUUGGACGAGAUGGGACACGCCGCGAUGGGAUAUUUACGGACCGCCGUCUUAUUUUCCUGUCCUGCCAGAGCCUCCUCCAAAGGCGGAGCCACUCGGCGAAAUAGCAGACUAUUCCGAGAACGAGGAAUGCUUCAAAGAUCCGCAAAUGGGUGGUGUCGCGAUCGCUCUGAGCCACGGUAGCGUACUCUUCGAGUGCGCGAAACACGAAAUGCACGCCACCACCGCACUGAAGAAACCCAAUCGUCUCAAUCCGACUAGGAUCAGCUUGGUGUUCUAUCAGCAUCGCAAUUUAAACAGACCCAAGCAUGGUUGGGACGAAUGGGAGGAAAAGAUGCGAUUGCGAAAAUUAGGUAUCACAACAUCGACCAGUAAUACGUCCACAUCAACGACCAAUCCAUCGACUCUAACCACCACGACGAGUCCUAAUACAACAAACGAGAAAACGAUACCACUUCCACCACUUUCGCACAUUCCAAAUGUUCCCAGUUCACAGUUCAUGAUGAGAUCACCUACUUAUACCACGAUGACUUGGACAACGCUCUUCCCGAUGCAUCCCUGUAUGAUAACUGGACCAUACCAAGAAGGUGGUGCGAUUGGAUGAGUCGAAGUCGGACGGUACAGUUUUGAUCGUCGAUGACCGAAACCUGUACCGAAAUAUUCCAUCAAAAAUCGAAUCGACUAAAGGAUUCGAGAGACAAGAUUCCGAAGAAGAAUUGCGAUAAAUCCGUUUGAGGAUGAAAUGACGAGGCGGCGAUUUUACCAUGAGAGGCUUUAUAUUGUUAUUAUCGUUAUAGUUAGUUAUUCCGAAAACGAGAAACACACACUUUGCACUGCCAUUUUUCUAUUUCGAGUUUUACGCAAGAUUUAAACAUAGCCACAAAAACGUGCUUGAAGAAAGCCUCGCCGGGACUACACCAUCCUUUGUCGGGGCUCGCGUUUUAUACUGACUUUUUACUGAGUUGAACUCGAAAAAGACUCGUAAUCGAGGCAGAAGCUGCAAAAUCGAAACAAUGGUAAUAAUCGAGGCUAUUGACGUAUCAGGAAAGCUCCGAUAAAAGCUGCGCCUUGCGAAGACUUUGAUACGAAGAUUUUCGUAUUCUGACCCUGUACACUUUAAGUAAUAUCGCUACGUAUAACGGUUUCGUGUUGGUAGAAUUGUAAUCUUACUAGCUAGUCGAAGUCUAGAUGAUGAAUCACGCGAUAUCACACGUACACGUAAAAGCACACAUUGAACGUAUAUGCACACCAAGACACCCAAGAAAACUUGCACGAUGUGAUCUCAGAAUUAUCGUACCUUUCCAAGACUUCGUAAGAAA